AUUGUUUUAAUUUUAAGCAAGAACAUAAUAUUGACUUAUUUAUACUGGCGCUAACUUAUUUACAAUGGAGAGGCUAAACGAUGACUGCGUGUGCAAUAUACUAGAGUUCCUGCCGCUCGUGGAGCAGAUCAAGAUGGCCAGGCUGGCGCCGCGUUUCCAAGAGCUCCUCUGCCUAAUUGUGUGGCGAAAGCCGCGCUACCGGAAGGUUUCCGUAUCCGAUUCCAUGCUAAGUCCUCUGAGUAAGGAGGACUACAUAUAUUUCUUCGAACUGACCAGUCCUGCAAUGGAGGAGCUGUACAUUUGGAACGUGCACAAGAAGGCGUUCGACUCGUACUUGGGUCGCCAUCUGAUGCGACCCGAAUUGGCCUUCUAUCUACGGCGGGAUUACAGCAAUCUCCGGGAGCUCUGCAUCGCGGAUGAGAACAUGAACAAUAGCAUGAUUAGCACUAUAGCUAAGAGCUGUAGCCAGCUGCGUAGCCUGAGCGUGUCAAGUGCGUACAUCACGGGAAAGUACGUGACUGGACUCACCAAUUUAAAGACCCUAGUCGCACCCGAAUGCUCCGUGGAGCUGCCCCAUCUCACAGAGUUGCUGGAUCAAUUGCCACUGAAGCACCUUGACCUCACCUCAAAUCGGUAUCCCGUGGAGGCGACCAUUCUGCAGUCGGAGGGAAGCAAACGUCUAGAGCGACUUGGUCUAUCUGAUGCCGAAGACUUCGGCUUUCCACUGGCCGAUAGUCUGCCUAAACUUAACACGCUGGUGGUGAGCUACCACAAGGUAAGCCCCCAGGAACAACUGAGCAUGCUGGAGACAACGCGCAAACGUGUGAAGCAAGCCUCGAGAAAAUUUCCCCAGCGCCUGCAAUCGAUCUUAUGCAAUGUAGUGGAUGUGGAGGUGGCCCUCGAGCAGAUUGCUGGCCUUGAGAAACGCCAUCCCAGGGACACGCCAAAGUUCAAUGAGCUUCUGAAGAUCGUGUACUUCUUGUCGGAUCCGCAGGGCGGAGAUAAGAAAUCACCUUGAGCAGGUCAGCGCUCUUCCUCGGAGCUGUCCCCCCUAACUCUGCCCUUGUAAAUACAUAAAUAGGUACUAGACGUCGCCCAAGUGACAAGAGGAACUGAUAUGUUUAUCUGCUACUAGCUGCUCCCACGGUAAUUAUGUGUCUUCUCAGAUAAGGUUCGUUUAUUUGGUUAUUUUUUUUGUUUACCAAUUAUUUUUCGGCGCCAUGUUCAAACAAUACGAUUGGUUUUGGAAGCUACACCAAAUAAAUGUUUACGCUACCCUGCAAUAUGGCAUUAAACUUUGGCACAGAUGCAAAAUAAAGUUGGAGAUUAUAAUAUAGUAAUUAUUACUAACGUUUUAAUCCAGUUUUUUAACCUUUCUGCCAAUUUGAAAUUAAUUAAAUUAGUUUUGUAUGAGGCCGUUUUCUGCCUAUUUUAUUAUUUUAUUAGAACGUUUGACAAAUAUUUUUAUUUGUACGUUUUCUGUUAACAGUGUUAUUUAUCAUUACAAGGGUGUCCACAAUUUCAGCUAGGCGGUUGCGGUGGGCACCAAAAGAAUGCAUUGAUGAAGUGCUUUGGUCGUGCAUAUUUCUGCCACUUUGUUAUUUCAUUCAAUCGGAUGAAGCUGUGAUAAAACGAACCAAAUAUUCCAUUGACUUGUUAGACCCCCUCCCAAUUGAUAGAUAUAUGUACAUCAAUUAGGACCCAAUUGUCAGACUCUGCAAGUUCCCUUUCCUCUUUUUGUCGGCACCAUUUUUCCCAUCGAUGCGAGGUAUAUUGUUGCUUAAAUUUGUACCACUAUCUUUGUAUUAUUUCGUUGAUGUAAUAAAAUACGAAUUGAAA